AUGGCCGGUAUCAAUAUUUUCAAUCUAACUGUUUAUUGUCCUGCUCCAAUUCCGACAUCAGCAUCUAUGGUUUUAAAUGAAUCUUUAAUCAUUCAAAAUGAUUAUCUACAAUACUAUCCAUCUAGUUUUGUAUUGAAUAAAUACAAUAAAUACAACUAUUUGUCUGUAUUGGCUGAUUUCAAUGUGACUGAUUGCAAAUACUUUAUCAUGGAUAACUCUCACGUGAAUGUAAAUCUAUCGAGAUUGUUGGUACAAGUCUCUGGUAACAGUACAUCAGGAACCUACUACGGUGGACACCGACUGAUCAAUGAUACCGACUACACAGACUUUUCGGUAUUUUCGCUUAAUCCUGAUUUUCAAUACAACGGUUCAAAGCUUAAAAAUCUUACAAUUGGAGAUAUACCUGCUAUUGAACAGUUUUCACCUUCUAUUACAAGAAAAUUUAUCUAUCUAAGUUAUGAUACUCCUACUAUCAACUUGAUAGAAUUUAACUACACUCAGAAUUACGACAAGGUGGCCAGCGUCGAGAACUGCUGGAUUGAUAUGCCAUUUCCAUUUGGUAUAAAUGGAGGACCAUCCACCUAUUUAUCAUCUUUCAUAAUGUUAAACUCGAUUUAUAAAGAAGUUUACCAAGGUGCUAUUACAAUCGGUGGAGUCGUAAUCUAUAAAUACCUUUCUUAUCAACCAAUUAGUAUUCAUGAUUCUUCACCUCCAACCAUUUUGAGUAUGAAAGUUUUACGUACAACAGAUAGAUCACAGUAUCUAAGAAUAAGAAUUCAAGAUGACUAUAGUGGUUUCUAUAAAAUAGUGUUGGGAAGAAAUACACUUGGUGAUGAAGUAUUCUUUAACACUUCAAAUUUGGUACUUGGAUCACUAUUGGAUGCAACAAUGGAUUUCUCUUCAUUUACCUAUUUUGAAUUUGAUGAUCAAGUGGAAACUACCAAUACUUCACCUCAGAGAUUAUUAAGAUUCAAUCUUACAUUUAUUGAUACCGAUUUCCAUCCUCAGUUGGUUGUUAGCUGGGAAGGUCAAAAGAGAGUAGGAUAUGGAAGUUGGAACCCCGAUAUUCAACUCUAUGAAAUAGUAUUCACACUUGCCAAGAAUAUGAUUAAUUCAUCAUUAGACUAUAGAUUACACUAUAAAAGUGGAUAUAUUGAAGGUAUUGCUAUUCAAUCAUUCUUUGAUCCAACUUGGAAAACUAAACUAUUAGUUAAUUCUAUAAAUGGUGAUUAUAUCCCACCAAUUAUAACAAGUAUAAUAUCAACUCUAAGUGGUCAGAGUUGUAGUUUCACGUGGAAUAUAACUAUAGAAGAUCAAACUGGAUUCGAUAAUGGUACGAUCAUUGUUAAAGAGACAACCGGACUCCAAACUUUCAGUUUUGAUUUCAAUAGAAAUACACGAACCAGCUCUGUUAUAUAUGACAAUGGAAAUCUUUAUAUUUCAAAAUACUCUCUAUGUAAAGAAGGAAUCAAUAACUUUACAAUUACAACUAUCCGACUGACCGAUACCGAAGGAAACACAGGAACCUAUGAUUCUUUCUACUCCGAUAAAUACAUUGUACCUCUAUUAAGUACAAGCUAUAAUCGAUUAAUUGGAAACAUGACAAUCAGAUAUUUAUAUUCUUCAAAUGCUAAUACUACAAACUAUAUAUUUAAUCCAACUAUUACCAAUUUAUAUUUAAAUAGAUAUUCAAUAGAUCAAUUCUCAAAUGAUAGAACAGUUAGUAUUGAAAUCUCAUUGGAAUCACAAUUUCUAUUGAAUACACCACCUACAUUCUAUUUACAAUCACUCAACCAUCCAUUGUUGUCAUGUGAAUCUUAUCAAACCCAACAGAAUACCUUCAAAUGCGAUUUAACUAUUCCUUUUGGAUAUGGAUUUGAAGUUGCCUAUAUAUCUGUCUAUGGUAUUACCGAUAUAUUUAAAUUCUACAAAGGAUUCAAUACUAUUGAUUUGCAGCAGAUGAAUCUACCUUAUAAAGUAUUAUUAUCAAAGAGUAGAUUCCCUUCAAUUGUAAACUAUUCACCAUUUACCUCUACAAUUGGAGGAAAUGUAACAUUGACCGGUGUCAACCUCAAUCCAAUUGAAACAAACCAAUCGUUUGUAUAUGUUCUUUUACCGAGUGGAGUUAAUAUAACACUUCCUGUUCUAUCGAAAGCAUCUGACUACAUAGUUAUAUCGAUGAUUCCAAUUUCAUCUUCAGUUUCAUUGAUAUAUUAUGUUGAAGAUUUCUAUUCAAAUAAGAUAACUUUAACUCCUUAUGACAUUCUUAAUCCAAGUCAAUCGCCAAAACCAACUCCAGGAUGUUUAGUCGAUAAAGAUUGUUCUCUUCAUGGCUCUUGUUUAAAUGGUACAUGUCAAUGUGAAAAAGGUUAUUACGGAGGUGAUUGUUCGAAUGUUAUUGCACCUAUUGCUCCGAGUUUCAAUGAAACAAGACCAUCUGUUAUCAUUGAUUAUCAAGGUCAUCUUAGCUCAAUUCAAAUUGAAUAUCUAAGAGAGAUGAGUGCUAUCAAUGAGGUUAUCUCCACCUAUAAUCUUACCAAUGUAAAUUGGAGUGUCACCAAUGUUUCCAAUGAGUUACGUGAAGCCUACCAAUAUUCCUAUAAUGUUUCCGAGAGCACCUCUAUCUUUGUAGUGUUAGAAUGGUUCGUCAAUGGCGUCAACUACAGUUUUAUCGAUGAUCUCUAUUAUAUUCCACCACAUUCACUCAAAUACACAAUCACUUUUUCACCGUAUCAAUUCAAAUCGAUAUUCAAUAGUUUGCAACUUGUGAUGUCAUCGUCGAUUCGUGGAUCCUCGGAUCUCAGUCAGUGUAACUCCAAUAGAGGUGGUUCCGGUAGUGGUGAAGACCACUCUGAAAAAGAACUGGAUUCUAUCAACCUGAGCAUCAACGAUCAAUCGUUGUUUGGAACGUUUAUCAGAGUCGGUGAUAUUGAUAAACGAAAACUAUCGAUCUCCAAUACAAUAAUUAGUAAACAACACGCCAAUGAUUCGAUAGGUUUGGAAAUUGGUAUAAAUAUACCCUAUUUCUCACAAUAUGCUGUGUUGGAUCCAAAUUUCUCAUUACUACUAAAUACCAAUCCAAAUACCGAUCAAUGUAAUGGUAAUAGUGCUAGCUUUGCUCUCACAAAGAUCCAAUUGAUCGCUGUUAUCGUAUCGGCAUCGCUAUUCGCUGCAGUUAUUGUCAUCAUCGUUGUAAUAGUAAUCAUCAAGAAACGUAAACUAUAUGAAUACAAUCAAAGACUUCAAUAUCAAAUAGAAAAAGCAGAUAAAUAUAUUGAACAAUAA